GCGAGCUGUAGCGCGCGCUCUGAGAGACAGUCAGACGACGAGCGAGAAAACGAGGAAUUGCUCGUUUGCACAGUCUUCGGGCUCACAAGCUGUUCUGUAAUCUGCCUUGUUUCGUCGUCGAAGCCGUGGGCGUUUUCACACUUGUCUCGUGGAUUCCAUCUCUGGGGGAGGUGCUUGCCCUUUUCGAGGGUUUGUGGACGCAUGCAAGAAUGUGUUCUUGAUGAUAGAAAUUUUCCUUUGAGGGCAAACCCUAGGUCGAGAAGACAGCCAGAGCAGCCAAAUGUAUCGGCUUAAAAUUCGAUGCCGGUGCACGGAGAUUGCUCUUGAAAGGUCGUAGUGGUAGAGGGUUUUUAUCUUCCCUGGUGGAGGGACGUGAUGCAUACUGCUUGCCGUUGUUAGCAUGAUACGAUAUUGACUUCUCGAGACUCGGAAGGUGGAAUUCGAUUUCAUGCUGCGGAGUCAAAGUUUUUUUCUCUCAUAGAAAGGUGUCUUGUUGGAGGAGAGGUGACUGUGGACAGUUUGAGAGAGCGAUUCAACGGGGUAGGAAACAUAAAGGAGGCGGCAGGAAGCUUCGUCAUGAUGGAGACGAUGGAGUCCCUAGGCUUGGGUGAGGCAGAUGACGAAGUGAGAGUUGGGAGUCUUGUUGCGGAGGUCAGGGAGAUUUCUAUGGCCGAUCGGAUCGAUGAUGGUAUGGGCAGUGAGGAAUGUCUGAAGCUGUGGAUGGAAGCUGAAGCAAAUUGCGAUGCCGGAAGGGAACAUAGGAUGGACGGGAUGCAAAUGGACAGGCUUCCGUCUGCUGAUGAUGUAGGACUUGUAGAGAACGUGAUGCAACCGCAGAGUCCCGUUACUUGGGAGAAGGAGGAGUGGACUCCGGCGGCUGUCAUUGUUUUGUUGGAAGCUUACGAAGAGAGGCUCGGGGAGGUGAAUAAUGGCAACUUAAAGGCAAAGGAUUGGGAAGAAGUUGCCACUCUUGUUAACCGCCACUGUCAAGGCACCCGAUCGAUUGUUGGAGUUAAGCAGUGCAAGCGAAAAGUAUAUGCUCUAAGAAGGUGGUACAGGACGAUAAGAACUAGGCAAGCACCUUACAGACCUGUGGGUUACGAGGUUAAUGUUCUGAUGGUCUUGGACCGAAUUAUGACUCCAUACCCUUAUCAAGCAGGCAUUCCAGGGGGAAUAGAUGCUGGGGAGAGGUUGUCUUUUCCCACCCCGUCUUCAUUCGACGAGGAAGAGGAUUUACCAGCCGCAGAGCAGGGACAUGGUUUUGGUGGGUGUGUUACUCCACAACUCGGAAAGAGACAGAGGAAUCCUGCUGAAGGGAAUCCUGUCAUUGCCGCUAUUCCAUUGCCACCCAAAAGUGCUAGAGGAAGUGGUAGCGGAAAUGGAGCCGCGAGGAAGAAAGCUGCACGGAAAGGAUUUUGGGGACCUGGUAAGGAGGUUGCUACCGCUCUCAAGGGUUUCGCCAAGGUGCUUACUCAGAUUGAGGUUGCCAAGAAAAAUAUCAUGAAAGAUUUGGAUGUGCGACGCUCCGAGCUCCAAUUGAAGUUGGCAGCUUUUAAACCUUAUCCUGAAGACGGUCCUCCGAAAGCACCACAACAACCUCAGGUUAUUUAAGCCGGAGUUCGAGUUUCUGCUCCAGCACUCAGCCAGUAGGCUGACAACCGAUUUUGCUGCUGUUGAAGUAAUAGAGGUGAAUGCGGAAUCAGGUGUUGUGUAAGUGCUCAUUAGUCCAUGCUUGCGAAGGAAACUAGGACUUCAAUAGUUGAGCAAUAGAGAUAUCUCAGCGCAUCAGCCUGUCAAUAACAUGACGUAGUCCGAACUUUCCUCAGGUAAAUGUGACUAACAGUGCAAUUCCAUGAACUGUAGAACGAAAUCAUUAGAUAUAUACCGAUGGUUUUCCGAAGGAGGAAAAGAGCUAUGGUUGAAGUCAGUUAAUGUGACGGACUUGAAGGAAAUGUGAAUCUUUUACCUUUGAUGGGGAUGAAGCAAAGCUUCACGUGAAACAAAUUUAUUUCUCUUUAAGUGUAUAGAAACACCAUUUCUUGUAUUUGUCUACGCGUCUCAGCUUAUGCGCAUGGAAUAUCGUUUCCAGAAGGACCAAUUGCCUACUACGAACACCUCACUUACUACUUGUAAUCACGCGAGGCAGGUCAAUAAAGCACGUCUCAGCGUCUCGCUUUGACUAUGAACGGUGAAUGCCCCAUAUUUUUUCUACCG